AGCUUGAGGGCCUAGCAGUGAGGUAACGAUUAUUCAAGUGAAAACAAACAAAAGACGUUAAAUUCAGUUGAUCUUUGCAUUACUCGACCAUCCCAGAAACAUUUCGGAACAUAAGAAAUACACUAAUGAAAAGCUAGGAUAAACAAUGUCCUGGUGUAUUGCUCUUUUGGUGACAUCAGCGAUCUCCGCUGUGACGUCACAACCCCGGCCUGAUGUUGGAAUUCCAGCAAACAAUACCAGAGGUGAAGCUGUGAUCAACAGUAUGCUAUCUGGAGACGGAGUACCGUCUUCAAACAUUCUCAACAUAAUUGGUGCAGGUGAUGCUGGUGGUGCUACACAUACAGGGAUGGCGGGACCAGCUGGGCCAAUGAAGAAGUUUACCCUUCCACAGGUUCAAGCUAUGGUAGCCGGAAUGAAUAACGGUUUCCGUUAUAAAUAUGACGGGACUGUCUCCAAUAAUGUAGCUGAUACUACAAUUUCAAAAGACCAGUUACUAGCCAUGCGUGACCAGCUUCAAGGGACAGGUUCAGCUUCUGGUACAAAAGAAUUUACAAUUGAUGAAAUCCGUAUGAUGAUAGAUGGAAUUAAUAAUGGACUAUACUAUAAUCGACAAGGUCAGGUAACGACGCUUGAGUCUGGCGAACCUCUUUACACAGUUGGAGACCUACGAGAUUUAUUAUCUAAGCAAGAAGCUCUAGAGCAAGUAUUACAACGUUUUACAUUGGAAGAUGUCCGACGGAUGGUACAAGGUAUGGAAAGUGGUCUAAGAUAUAAUCAUCAAGGUAUGAUUGCAUCAGAAGGCCAGAACAUUCUUCCCCUAUCUCGGCUUAGGAGUCACCUUCGUACACUUGAAGCUCUUGGUGGGUCACCAAAUCGACCAACAGAUAUUCCGAUUAUGCCCGGUACUGGCGGAGGUGAACCAGAUACAGGAAUACAACAAACUGCAGACUUUACACUAGCAGACCUUGAGCGUAUGAAGCUCGGCAUAGCCAAUGGUCUCGAAUAUAACUUUCAAGGUCAGAUGGCGUUGCCAGGACAAGCAAGGCUUACAGCAGGACGAAUAGAUGAACUGCUCGCAAAGCUAGCCGCAAAAGGUCCCAUGGGCGGUGGAAGUCAAUCAACAAAUUUUACAAUAGGAGAUGUUAACAGAAUGCUAAGAGGAAUGGACCAGGGAUAUUUUUACAACUUCCAAGGUUUGCAGGCCACGGGUAGCGAAGAAAGACUUACAAGAGGAUAUCUACAAAGGCUCUUGAAUCAGUUAAGCCCAAGCAAAGGUAUUGGCGGUGCAAUGGAAACUGCAUCUUUCACAUUGGAAGAUGUCAACAGAAUGCUAAAUGGAAUGGAUAGUGGAAAAAGCUACAAUUAUGACGGAAUGGAAGCUCGGUUCGGCGAAAGAGCACUCACACGCAAGCAGCUUGAACAAUUUAUGGCUGAUCUAAAGCGUAAAGGUAUGGGCGGCAUGAUGACCACGCCUUCCUUCACUUUAGAAGAUAUCAAUAGAAUGUUGACUGGUAUGGAUAAUGGUUUAACCUACAAUUAUAAUGGGCUAGAAGCACUUGCUGGAGAGCAACCACUUACAAGAAAACAACUGAACGAUUUUAAGGCUGAAUUAGAGCGUAAAGGUAUGGGCGGCAUGAUUACCACGCCUUCCUUCACUCUACAAGAUAUUGACAGAAUGUUAACAGGAAUGAAUAAUGGUUUAACCUACAAUUAUCAAGGAGUAGAAGCAAUGGCUGGAGAGAAACCACUUACAAGACAAGAUCUAAUUCAGUUCAAGGAUGAUUUAAAGCGUAAAGGUAUGGGCGGCAUGAUUACCACGCCUGCCUUCACUCUUCAAGAUAUUGACAGAAUGUUAACAGGAAUGAAUAAUGGUUUAACCUACAAUUAUCAAGGAGUAGAAGCAAUGGCUGGAGAGAAACCACUUACAAGACAAGAUCUAAUUCAGUUCAAGGAUGAUUUAAAGCGUAAAGGUAUGGGUGGCAUGAUUACCACGCCUUCCUUUACUCUACAAGAUAUCGACAGAAUGUUAACAGGAAUGAAUAAUGGUUUAACCUACAAUUAUCAAGGAGUAGAAGCAAUGGCUGGAGAGAAACCACUUACAAGACAAGAUCUAAUUCAGUUCAAGGAUGAUUUAAAGCGUAAAGGUAUGGGCGGUGAACUAGGAACGGCGUCCUUCACGAUGGAUGAUAUCUUCAGAAUGUUGGCGGGAAUGGAUAAUGGUAUUUCUUACAAUUAUCAAGGGUUGGAAGCGAAAAAAGACGAAAAAACCCUCACAAGGAAACAGCUCGAGAAGUUGAUGACUCAGAUAAGAAAUAAAGGUAAGCUAGGAGAUCCAACCCAGACAGCACAAUUCACAGUCAGUGACCUUGAAAGGAUGACAGCCGGUAUGAAGCAAGGUCAAAAGUUCAACUACGCUGGACUUCCAGCUGCCGUUGGAGAUCCCACGUUAUCCUCUCAUGACCUCGAUAGACUACUGAGUCAGCUGACUUCCUCUGCUGGCCUUAAAGGUUCAAUAGACGGUUCAUCGACAUCAACAAGUACAAAUGAGAGCUCAAGCGGGCAGAUUUCCGGCAUAGGUGAAGGAGGAAAAAAAAUUGAAGCAAACUUUUCAUCUGAGACCUCCCAGACAGAUUCUUCGUCAGAGACAGUUAUAACGAUUGUCUCGGGUGGAGGACAAGGAUCUAAUAUAAUUGAUCUCAACCCAGUAGUAAAAGGGGGCCAAGAUAUCUUGCAACACCCUUUUACAGCUCGAGAAAUAAGAAAAUUGAUGGAAGGUAUAAGACAAGGCUUUACAUACAACAAACAAGGUGCGAUAGCAAAGCAAGGCGAAGAGCCGUUAACCAUGAAUGAACUUAGUAAAUACUUAUCGAAUGCGAAGACUAAAGAUGAAACUGGAUUUGAAAUUCCAGCUUCAAGAUUUACAAAAGACGAGAUCAUUAGAAUGAAAGAUGAUAUAAAGAAUGGUCAAUCGUAUAACUAUGAAGGGUUACCAGCUGUUUCUGGUGAAAAAAUACUAACGAUACAACAACUCGACAGGUUACUUGAAAGGCUAAGUGUUACAGGCGUGGAACCAGAUAUUCCAACUUCGAGAUUUACAAGACAGGAAAUUAAUAAAAUGAUAAACGAUAUCAAUAGAGGUAUAUCAUACAACUAUUAUGGCAAAACACCUGUCGGAGACGAGAAGAAACUUACAGUUGCUGUUCUGAAUAAACUACUUCGAAGACUUGAUAGUUCCGGCGCGGAUCUAGAUAUUCCAAUUUCGAGAUUUACACGAGAGCAAAUUCUUAGAAUGAUAGACGAUAUCAACAGAGGUACAUUGUACAAUUACAAUGGACUAACGCCUGUCGGUAACGAAAAGACACUCACAGUGGAUGUUUUAAAUCGAUUGCUUCAAAGACUCGAUGGCACUGGUGGGGAAGGUGGGGAACCUUUAAUUCCAGCUUCGAGAUUUACAAGACAGGAAAUUAAUAGAAUGAUAAACGAUAUCAAUAGAGGUAUAUCAUACAACUAUUAUGGCAAAACACCAAUCGGAGGUGAGAAGAAACUUACAGUUGCUGUUCUGAAUAAACUACUUCAGAGACUUGAUAGUUCCGGUGGGGAAGGUGGGGAACCCUUCAUUCCAACUUCGAGAUUUACAAGACAAGAAAUUAAUAGAAUGAUAAACGAUAUCAAUAGAGGUAUACCAUAUAACUAUUAUGGCAAAACACCUGUCGGAGGAGAGAAGAAACUUACAGUUGCUGUCCUAAAUAAACUACUUCGAAGACUUGAUGGUACCGGUAGAGAACAAGAUAUUCCAAUUUCGAGAUUUACAAGAGAGCAAAUAAAUAAAAUGAUAGACGAUAUCAGCAGAGGUAUAUCAUACAAUUAUAAUGGAUUACGACCUAUCGGUAAUGAGAAGACACUUACAGUUGAUGUUCUGAAUAGAUUACUUCAAAGACUCGAUGGCACUGUCGGUGAACCAGAUAUUCCAACUUCGAGAUUUACAAGACAAGAAAUUAAUAGAAUGAUAAACGAUAUCAAUGGAGGUAUAUCAUACAACUAUUAUGGCAAAACACCUGUCGGAGGUGAGAAGACACUUACAGUUGCUGUUCUGAAUAAACUACUUCGAAGACUUGAUGGUACAGGUGGGGAACCAGAUAUUCCAAUUUCGAGAUUUACAAGAGAGCAAAUAAAUAAAAUGAUAGACGAUAUCAACAGAGGUAUAUCAUACAAUUAUAAUGGAUUACGACCUAUCGGUAAUGAGAAGACACUUACAGUUGAUGUUCUGAACAGAUUACUUCAAAGACUCGAUGGCACUGGUGGGGAACCAGAUAUUCCAAUUUCAAGAUUUACAAGAGAGCAAAUAAAUAAAAUGAUAGACGAUAUCAACAGAGGUAUAUCAUACAAUUAUAAUGGAUUACGACCUAUCGGUAAUGAGAAGACACUUACAGUUGAUGUUCUGAAUAGAUUACUUCAAAGACUGGAUGGCACUGUUGGUGAACCAGAUAUUCCAACUUCGAGAUUUACAAGACAAGAAAUUAAUAGAAUGAUAAACGAUAUCAAUGGAGGUAUAUCAUACAACUAUUAUGGCAAAACACCUGUCGGAGGUGAGAAGACACUUACAAUUGCUGUUCUGAAUAAACUACUUCGAAGACUUGAUGGUACAGGUGGGGAACCAGAUAUUCCAAUUUCGAGAUUUACAAGAGAGCAAAUAAAUAAAAUGAUAGACGAUAUCAACAGAGGUAUAUCAUACAAUUAUAAUGGAUUACGACCUAUCGGUAAUGAGAAGACACUUACAGUUGAUGUUCUGAAUAGAUUACUUCAAAGACUGGAUGGCACUGUCGGUGAACCAGAUAUUCCAACUUCGAGAUUUACAAGACAAGAAAUUAAUAGAAUGAUAAACGAUAUCAAUGGAGGUAUAUCAUACAACUAUUAUGGCAAAACACCUGUCGGAGGUGAGAAGACACUUACAGUUGCUGUUCUGAAUAAACUACUUCGAAGACUUGAUGGUACCGGUGGGGAACCAGAUAUUCCAAUUUCGAGAUUUACAAGAGAGCAAAUAAAUAAAAUGAUAGACGAUAUCAACAGAGGUAUAUCAUACAAUUAUAAUGGAUUACGACCUAUCGGUAAUGAGAAGACACUUACAGUUGAUGUUCUGAAUAGAUUACUUCAAAGACUCGAUGGCACUGUUGGUGAACCAGAUAUUCCAACUUCGAGAUUUACAAGACAAGAAAUUAAUAGAAUGAUAAACGAUAUCAAUGGAGGUAUAUCAUACAACUAUUAUGGCAAAACACCUGUCGGAGGUGAGAAGACACUAACAGUUGCUGUUCUGAAUAAACUACUUCGAAGACUUGAUGGUACCGGUGUGGAACCAGAUAUUCCAAUUUCGAGAUUUACAAGAGAGCAAAUAAAUAAAAUGAUAGACGAUAUCAACAGAGGUUUAUCAUACAAUUAUAAUGGAUUACGACCUAUCGGUAAUGAGAAGACACUUACAGUUGAUGUUCUGAAUAGAUUACUUCAAAGACUCGAUGGCACUGUUGGUGAACCAGAUAUUCCAACUUCGAGAUUUACAAGACAAGAAAUUAAUAGAAUGAUAAACGAUAUCAAUGGAGGUAUAUCAUACAACUAUUAUGGCAAAACACCUGUCGGAGGUGAGAAGACACUUACAGUUGCUGUUCUGAAUAAACUACUUCGAAGACUUGAUGGUACAGGUGUGGAACCAGAUAUUCCAAUUUCGAGAUUUACAAGAGAGCAAAUAAAUAAAAUGAUAGACGAUAUCAGCAGAGGUAUAUCAUACAAUUAUAAUGGAUUACGACCUAUCGGUAAUGAGAAGACACUUACAGUUGAUGUUCUGAAUAGAUUACUUCAAAGACUCGAUGGCACUGUUGGUGAACCAGAUAUUCCAUCUUCGAGAUUUACAAGACAAGAAAUUAAUAGAAUGAUAAACGAUAUCAAUGGAGGUAUAUCAUACAACUAUUAUGGCAAAACACCUGUCGGAGGUGAGAAGACACUUACAGUUGCUGUUCUGAAUAAACUACUUCGAAGACUUGAUGGUACCGGUGGGGAACCAGAUAUUCCAAUUUCGAGAUUUACAAGAGAGCAAAUAAAUAAAAUGAUAGACGAUAUCAACAGAGGUAUAUCAUACAAUUAUAAUGGAUUACGACCUAUCGGUAAUGAGAAGACACUUACAGUUGAUGUUCUGAAUAGAUUACUUCAAAGACUCGAUGGCACUGUGGGUGAACCAGAUAUUCCAACUUCGAGAUUUACAAGACAGGAAAUUAAUAGAAUGAUAAACGAUAUCAAUAGAGGUAUAUCAUACAACUAUUAUGGCAAAACACCUGUCGGAGGAGAGAAGAAACUUACAGUUGCUGUUCUAAAUAAACUACUUCGAAGACUUGAUGGUACCGCUGGUGAACCAGAUAUUCCAACUUCGAGAUUUACAAGACAGGAAAUUAAUAGAAUGAUAAACGAUAUCAAUAGAGGUAUAUCAUACAACUAUUAUGGCAAAACACCUGUCGGAGGAGAGAAGAAACUUACAGUUGCUAUUCUGAAUAAUCUACUUCGAACACUUGAUGGUACCGUUGGUGAACCAGAUAUUCCAACUUCGAGAUUUACAAGACAGGAAAUUAAUAGAAUGAUAAACGAUAUCAAUAGAGGUAUAUCAUACAACUAUUAUGGCAAAACACCUGUCGGAGGAGAGAAGAAACUUACAGUUGCUGUUCUAAAUAAACUACUUCGAAGACUUGAUGGUACCGGCGUGGAACCAGAUAUUCCAACUUCAAGAUUUACAAGACAGGAAAUUAAUAGAAUGAUAAAUGAUAUCAAUAGAGGUAUAUCAUACAACUAUUAUGGUAAAACACCUGUCGGUGGUGAGAAGAAACUUACAGUUGAUGUUCUGAAUAAACUACUUCGAAGACUUGAUGGUACCGUUGGUGAGCCAGAUAUUCCAACUUCGAGAUUUACAAGACAGGAAAUUAAUAGAAUGAUAAACGAUAUCAAUAGAGGUAUAUCAUACAACUAUUAUGGCAAAACACCUGUCGGAGGAGAGAAGAAACUUACAGUUGCUGUUCUGAAUAAACUACUUCGAACACUUGAUGGUACCGUUGGUGAACCAGAUAUUCCAACUUCGAGAUUUACAAGACAGGAAAUUAAUAGAAUGAUAAACGAUAUCAAUAGAGGUAUAUCAUACAACUAUUAUGGCAAAACACCUGUCGGAAGCGAGAAGAAACUUACAGUUGCUGUUCUGAAUAAUCUACUUCGAAGACUUGAUGGUACCGUUGGUGAACCAGAUAUUCCAACUUCGAGAUUUACAAGACAGGAAAUUAAUAGAAUGAUAAACGAUAUCAAUAGAGGUAUAUCAUACAACUAUUAUGGCAAAACACCUGUCGGAGGAGAGAAGAAACUUACAGUUGCUGUUCUGAAUAAACUACUUCGAACACUUGAUGGUACCGUUGGUGAACCAGAUAUUCCAACUUCGAGAUUUACAAGACAGGAAAUUAAUAGAAUGAUAAACGAUAUCAAUAGAGGUAUAUCAUACAACUAUUAUGGCAAAACACCUGUCGGAAGCGAGAAGAAACUUACAGUUGCUGUUCUGAAUAAUCUACUUCGAAGACUUGAUGGUACCGUUGGUGAGCCAGAUAUUCCAACUUCGAGAUUUACAAGACAGGAAAUUAAUAGAAUGAUAAACGAUAUCAAUAGAGGUAUAUCAUACAACUAUUAUGGUAAAACACCUGUCGGUGGUGAGAAGAAACUUACAGUUGAUGUUCUGAAUAAACUACUUCGAAGACUUGAUGGUACCGUUGGUGAGCAAGAUAUUCCAACUUCGAGAUUUACAAGACAGGAAAUUAAUAGAAUGAUAAACGAUAUCAAUAGAGGUAUAUCAUACAACUAUUAUGGCAAAACACCUGUCGGAAGCGAGAAGAAACUUACAGUUGCUGUUCUGAAUAAUCUACUUCGAAGACUUGAUGGUACCGUUGGUGAACCAGAUAUUCCAACUUCGAGAUUUACAAGACAGGAAAUUAAUAGAAUGAUAAAUGAUAUCAAUAGAGGUAUAUCAUACAACUAUUAUGGCAAAACACCUGUCGGAGGAGAGAAGAAACUUACAGUUGCUGUUCUGAAUAAACUACUUCGAACACUUGAUGGUACUGUUGGUGAACCAGAUAUUCCAACUUCGAGAUUUACAAGACAGGAAAUUAAUAGAAUGAUAAACGAUAUCAAUAGAGGUAUAUCAUACAACUAUUAUGGCAAAACACCUGUCGGAAGCGAGAAGAAACUUACAGUUGCUGUUCUGAAUAAUCUACUUCGAAGACUUGAUGGUACCGGCGGACAAAAAAGAUUCACACUGGACGAUAUCAACCGAAUGUUGGAAGGAUUAGGCAAAGGCGAGGCCUACAACACUGAAGGGAAAACUGCAACUGGUGGAGAGCCAACGCUUACAAUCGGAGAGCUGAAACAAAUUGGAAAAGAUUUAGUAGGAGCAACACCACCACAACCACUUGAUAGGAAUUUUACCUUUGAUGAAAUUAAUAGAAUGCUGGAUGGAAUGGAUGGUGGGAAAAAUUAUAAUUACCAAGGACGUGAAUCCGGCCCAGGAGAAGCAGCACUUACUAGAGACCAACUGACAAGAUCUUUGGUCACUUCGUUAAUGCCAAAUUACAACAUACAAGAUGUUUAUAAUAUGUUGCGUGGCAUGGAUACAGGAACUUUAUACAAUUACCAAGGAAAUGUAGCUGCUCAAGGGGAUAGAACUUGGCUAAAAGACCAAUUACAACUUCUUCUCGUUUACCUGCUUGGUUUACGUUAUGAGAACGUUGCGGAAAAUAAGCCGGCAGAAAUUUCAAGCGUAUAUGACCCCGUUUGGACAGGUGACAAAGGAGUUGACGGAAACAGAAAUCAAAAUAUGUUCUAUGACUCUUGUUUCCAUACUCGUUUCGAGCAAGACCCUUAUUUCAUGGUUGACCUAGGAGCAGUUUAUGAUUUAGACACUAUUGUGGUUUUCAACCGUCAAGAUUGUUGUGAAAAUAGAGCUAACAACCUUGAAAUAUCUACUGGUUUAUCACAGUAUAAUAUGACCGUUCAAGACGUUAUUCCUGACCCAAUUGGUUCAAUUGGAAUGAAACGAUUUAUGCAAAAACCGAGUGCCCGAUAUGUAAAGAUUCAGAAGAAAGAUAUGAAUCCUGGUUACCUUCAUCUUUGCGAAGUUGAAGUUUAUGGAACUUACAAUAGAGAAGAUAUUUGCAACACGUCACCAUGCUUGAACGGUGGAACUUGUACAAAUAUACCAGGAUAUUUGUGUAUCUGCGCUACAGGCUGGACGGGCUCUCGCUGUCAUAUCAGUACCGAUAACAUCGCCUAUGGUAAACGAACCGAGAUGUCUAGUUUGUAUCAGUAUAAUAACAUGUUCUCUGGCGAUAGAGGUGUUGAUGGCAAUACAAGCGGAAUACUGGAGCAAGGAGUUGGCAAUACUUGUUUCCACACGGAUAAGGAAAGACGCCCUUACUGGAAGGUAGAUCUAGGGGCCGUGUAUGAUCUGCAGAGAAUUGUCUUGCACAACAGACUGGACUGCUGCACUGAUCGUGCACAUGACAUAGAAAUCCUCGUGGGUCUCACGAAUGAUGAUCUGACCCCGAUCUAUUACCAACCUGGUAAUUUGGGGCCUAUGAAAGAAAUCAAUGUUCCCUAUGGUACAGAAGGCCAAUUUGUUAUGAUCCAUAUCAAAGAUUUACGGCCUGAAUAUCUGCACCUCUGUGAAGUUGAGAUAUACGGCAACUUUUUGAGAAAAGAUCGCUGUACAAAGAAUCCUUGUAGAAAUGGUGGAACUUGUACAAACAAGGCUGGUUCAGCCAUUUGUAAUUGUCCUCCAGGAUGGGGUGGUAUUUUCUGUAUGAGAGAUGAGUCUCAAACCGGAACGACCUAUCCGACUGUAACAGACGCACCGGAACCGCCUCAUUGGAACGGAUCAAGAGUCGAUUCGGCUAUUUGCCGCCGAGCAAAAUGUAACUUGCCGAUCUGUUACUUGCCGUACGCUAACGAUUGUAAGAGUUAUGUGGUAUGCCAACGCACGGCUAUCGGCACGUACGUCGCGUGGAAGAUGAGAUGUGCUUUCGGGUCGUACUGGGGAACAGGAACAACGUGGACAUGCGAGCGAGUGGAGGAUCUCGCCAAAAGAGGAUAUACAUGCCCUAAUGAUCCCUGUGCCGAUGGUACUCUGACCAGGUAUGCCGACCAAGAAAUCAAGAACUGUCGGACAUAUUGGUAUUGUGAGAAUGGGGUUUCCAAGCCUGCGUGUUGUCCACCAGGAAAAAGAUUCGACGAGUACAGCCUGCUAUGCGUUGAUGAUCCACAAGAGAUUUGCCGGAAGCCAUGUCCUCUUAAGAGAGAUGGGUGCGCUAUUACUGGUGCUCGAACCAUGCCGUUUUACGAUGGUAACUGCCGUUCGUACUGGAACUGUGAGGGUGGCCACGCCCAUCCAGUAUGCUGCAGGUCAGGAAUGUCUUAUGACGUCGCGAAAGGUCACUGCAAACAAGAUCCCACGUGCACAGACCACUGUCCUUCAGAAUACACAGCAAAGGCGUGUGGCAAAAUAACGAAACCUGGAGAAAGACCUGUUCAAUCGUAUGCGCUUGCUGACGGCAAUUGCCGUACGUAUAUGAAAUGUUCCGAUAAAGGAUAUGACGAUCCGUUCUGCUGCCGUCAAAAUUUCUACUAUGACGUCACUACCGCAAAAUGUGAGAUAGUAAUGAACGAACUUGAUGUGUGUCGAUCCGAGCGAUGUCCCAGAGGCUAUAAGGAAGAGUGCCGGUUUACGUCUGUAGAGGGAAGUCCGACACAAUUUUACGACACUGACGCUUUGGUCGUAAGAGACUGCGCCCCAAGCACGCAUUUUGCUCCUGACAUCUGCACGUGUGAUGGAAGCUCUCUUACAAAUGAAUGCAAAGCCGAAGUUUGGACAAAGUUCGAUCACUUAGACGACAAAUGGAGUGUUAAGAACUACGGCGACGGUUGGAUUUCGGUGUUUGGGGAGAUGUCAAAGAAUCGAUCCGACCAGGGAGUAACGUAUGGCACAUUUGAUGGUUCCAGUGGUAUGGAGGUUUGGAGAUAUGAUCACACCGCCUUUCCUGAGGCCACACUGGAAAUUACCUUCCAACCGGUCGCUAGCGGCAUAGAUAAGCAAAUUCUGGUUUCAAAUUGUAUGUCAGUAGACAAUGGACAAGCUUCUUUUGAAGUGAGUUUAGACCCACGGACUUCAGAGAUUGUGUUCAGAGGAAAGUCGAAGUUUGAUUCAGCAGAAUUGAGGUUAACUUACAAUAAACAAGGAUGGAACACAUUUAAAUUGUUCUUUGAUGGCGAUCAUGUUGUAGUUCUGAUCGAAGACCCUACUGGACGUGGCAAAACUGAGAAAAAAUUCGCUUAUCUCAGAGGUGAUAUUGUUGCCGGUGUCGGAGCACUGAAGUUCGGCCCAUGCCUUGAUAGCUUUAGCAUGCCACAGAACAAUGGAUUUACAGGAUUUGUGUCAGAGGUCCUUUUCUCGAAAUGUAUUGAUAGAAAGAGCCGGAAGUUUGUAAGAGACAAUAUUGUCCCCGAGAAGAGAUACGGAAACGCCUUGAAUUAGUGUUGCAGCAAUUAUAAACGCUAUCAUCAAUGUUCAUAACAGACACCAUUUCAUUUGAUUUUGACAUAUUAAUAAAACAUUGAGUAGUUUCCUCGUUACUAUAAAUAGACAGUGACGCUGGUGGAGAUAUUUUUAGUAAAUGAAGGCGCAUCUGAAUUAUUUCACAACGUUUUCAAAGAUAAUUUUCAGAACAAAGUCAUACAAUAUAUCAAAGAGAGCAAUUUUAUCUUUUAAUCGUUUUUCUUUUUAAUAUGCUUUGGCUUGCAGUUUUAUCUUUUGUAAACAUGUCGUUCUCUGAUUAAAACCGAAACGGUUGUAAUGUUAGCUAAUUCACAUCGAUUGUUUUUACUUUGGUUUUGGUUUAAAAUUACAAUGCAAGCUCUGUAAAUAUCAGGUCGUUAUUCCAGAAGAACCCAACUGCCAAAUACACUUUGGGAUAAAGUUGUACAAAUAGUUCAAAAUUCAUAAAUGCGUUAAUGUUUGGGUAAACAGGCGUGACGUCAUACUCAUUGCUUUAACGUUUAGCUUUCGUCAUCUUUCGCAGAAAAAAAAGAAAGAAAAACGCGCACUUUUAUAGAAAUUGUGUAUGCCGCUUUAAGUGGACAACACGCACUUUCUUCUUCACAUGUUCGUUCUAUGAGAAAAUUUAUAAUUCGUCAACAUUAGUGUGAUGCAUGUUUCGCCCAAAUGGAAUGUUCGGAUUACGUAAGCUCGUUGUGUACAUUGCAAACAUGUCGUCGUACGCCAAAGCUGUAGAGUACACUAGGCGUUGGUGACUGCAGUUUAAACAGUUACUAUGUUUUAGCUUUUAACAAUGGCAUCUAUGUUUUGUUGAAAUAUGUAUGUAAUGUACUCGUUUGUGGCUAAUUUACGUUACGAUAUUGUCAAUGUUUCCAUGAUUGUUUGUGUAAAUACCUGUAAAUAAAACAACGUAGUUAUUACUUUUAGUUUUUUUUAUAUUAUUUGCACAAUAAAGAAGGAAACUGUUUAACGAUAAGGAAUUUUUAAAUCAUUCUGCAGAUCUUCAGGGUUACAGAACAAGGAAACAGAAAUUAUGCAAAAACAAUUAGAUUGAAAGAUAAACCCAAUUUCAUAUCUAUUUGAGAUCUGAAUUUAAAUAUUUUCAUGUGUAACUACUGUGACAGUGUUUCCAAUAAAUAGAUUGAGUAAUGACUGAA